UCCUGCCAGAGCAUUGGAGCACAGUGGCAGACGGAGGCACACUGCAGCAGAGACAGCCUCCAGCAUGCUCAGCGUCGCAGUCGCGCAGCUUAUCCUGCUGCUUCUGCGCCCGGACGGGGUCGCAGCAGAUCAAAGCUCAGUAGAAGGGAUUGAAAUCUGGGAACCUGCCUAUCGUAACCUCUCAUGCAUUGUGGCCGAUGCUAUUAAUGGAAAGCCAAACAGCAUAAAGGGAUACUGGACAAAGGAUGGAGAAGAAAUCAAUCAGACUCAAGUCACAAUAGAGAGGAAAAUGGAACAAUAUCAUCUACAAAAAAGGUUCUAUAUCAACGGUAGUAGUUUGGGAAAUUAUUCCUGUGUUUUCAUAAAUGGGAAUAACAGUGUUACCAAAACAUUUUUUAUCCAUGCUCCAUCCAUGAAAGACAAGAGAGACAAGCCUAUUGUGAGCUAUUUUGGAGACUCUUCUGUUCUGACAUGUAAAAUCAACCCAAAGCCAUCGGCCUGGGAGUGGUACAAAGUCAACGGCACUGAGAAGGGAAUGAUCAAUGUGACUGACAAGAUGCAGCUGUUUAACGACGAGAGCCACCUCAACCUGGUGAAUCUCGUUGAGGAGGACAGUGGCACUUAUGUGUGCAUCGCCACCUAUCCUAUCGGACCCGUGCGGGGCGAGGUGAUUCUGCGAGUUCUCUCCUUCAUGGAGCCCCUCAAACCAUUCCUGGUUGUCCUGGUGGAGGUGGUGCUCCUAGUGUUUCUGAUCCUGCUGUGUGAGUGUCAAGGCCGGAAGAAGGGUUCGACAGCUGUCCUAGAAAAUGGAACACACAUCGACCAAACAGAAAAACCGAUGAAAGAGGAAUCCAGCGGAAUUGAGGAAACCACAGCAAGGCGAAGAAAAGUCUAAAGUGGCAAGAUGGCUGGAAUCGUGAAGAAAAAUCAUGUGUUAAAAAAUCUGCAUAAACAUGAGCCUCUAGGGACUGAAAUUGAACACUGUAAACAGCUAAGGUUUCUUAUUUUAAUCAUGCUUACGUCUCACCAAAGAGGCCAGUGACAAAUCGGAAACAGUCAAGCUAAUGGGUAAAUGAAACUGCUAGGGAAGACAACGCACUAAUUUGUAUAUUUGAUGAGCAUCGGGUGUUAAAUACCCAUUGGGCAGACAAUCGUUCCAGCUCUCUCAUUUCAGUCUGGUAUUGACUUCUUCCAUCUCCUUGACAUUGUCCUUUCCUAUCUGUUGUUUUAUUUCUUGCCUUUCCCACUAUUUUAAUGCUAUUUACUGCCGGGCAUAAUUUUAUAAUUCUUAUAACUUUAUAAUUUCCUAGCUUGUAAUAAAAUUACUUUAUUUUAGUAGAAACACAUUUUGCAUUGUCUAAAAAUAUUAAUAUUAAAAUUUUUUUUGCAAUAACUAAUAAUCAAUGAAAAUUUAUUUUUUAUGGAUUCCCCCCCCCGACCACAUCAAGAUUUUCUUUGAUGCCUAAAAUGAAGCUACUGUUAUGUGAAAAAUAUGUUAGCGAAAUGUCCUUAAAUAUCCUUGUAUUGUACUCCCAUAUAUAAAUAUGCAAAUAUGCUCUUCAGUAAUUAACCAUCAAUGUCUAUUGGUGUUUCAAACAGAUAUUGUAAACAUCUGAUAGUAAAGAAAUAAAUGAAUAAAGUAAAAAAAUUCAACUGAAA